GACUUGACGCUUCCUUUUCCUGACGCGCGCGACGCAGCAUUUUGACGUACGGAGAAGGAGCUGAUUUAAUUUUAUUCUCAAUAACUACUAAAAUAAGUAGUCUAGAUUUUCUUACGUGUAACGUAUGAUGAACGAUAACAACGGUUACAAUAAUAGUGAUUUUAAGCGUAACUCCAACCAAGACAUGCAAGCCGAUGCCGACCACCACGAUCAAGAUGGCGACGAAGGAGCAAAAAUAAAUGACAAAGCCGGAGAAUACAUGAGAGAAUUGUUAAGUGAAAAAAUCAAACUAAACACUGCUAAAUUCCCGUACGCUACCAAACUCAUCGACCAGGAGGUUACCAAGGUGCAAGCGUCAGGCCGGCUACCGCCACGGGACUUCAAAUAUGUCGAUGUGUACCAUGAGAAGCCGGUCAAAGUUUCCGUUAAGGUGCUGGUGCCCCUCAAAGAACAUCCUAAGUUCAACUUUGUGGGCAAGCUGCUGGGCCCAAAGGGUAACACCAUGAAGCAGCUGCAGGAGGAGACCAUGUGCAAGAUGGCCGUGCUGGGCCGAGGCUCCAUGAGGGACAGACAAAAGGAAGAAGAGCUCCGCAACUCCCUGGACCCCAAGUACGCGCACCUGACGGACGAGCUGCACGUGGAGAUCUCGGCGCUGGCGCCGCCCGCGGAGGCGCACGCGCGCAUCGCGUACGCGCUCGCUGAGGUCAAGAAGUACCUGCUGCCCGACGUCAAUGAUAUGGGACACAUGGGCCCGCCUGCGCCGAUGAGGGAGAUGGGACAGAGAGAUGGACCGCAGCGGCCUCUCCUAUCCGGCCCAGGGCCUGGCCGUCCCGAAGUGCAAUACCGGGCUUUCACGGCCACCAAACGGUCCCUCUCUUACCAGGGGCCUGUGGUCAGCGAAGGGCCGCCGGGGCGCGGGGGCCCUCCCGGGCGCGCGCCGCGCCUGCCCGCGCACGCGCACCCCGCGCACGCGCACCACGCGCCGCACCACGCGCCGCCGCCGCUCGGCCCGCCGCGCAUGCCCGGCAAGACUAAGGUCAUUAGUAUCUUGGAUCGCGCCCGUAACGCCAUGGAGUCUUCCUACGGUUACGAUGACCCCUACGCCGCGCCCGAGCCGCCGGUCCGCGGGCCACCUCGCGCGCCGCCAGCCGACGACUUCUACUACGGCGGCGCGGCGGAGCGCUACUACGAGGACGAGGGCUACGGCUACAAGGAGGAGCGCGAGUUCAAGUCCUCGCGCGACGUGGGCACGCGCCGCCCGCAGCCGCCGCACCGCGGCUACCAGCAGCGCCCGCAGCCCUACUCGCGCCCGCAGAAGUAAUUGCCCGCUCCGAAAAAGCGCUCACUGUAAGUAUUUCCGCAGUGAGUAUACAACACAGGAUCUAAAUCAACACAAAUAUAAUACAACAAGCAAAAAAUCAAGA